AUGGUUUUGUCUGUCCCAGUGAUUGCUCUGGGAGCUACCUUGGGGACUGCUACUGGCCUCCUUGCCUUAUGCGGUCUCACCUGCCUGUGCAAAUGUAAGCAACCUGGGAAGGGAGCCUCAGACAAGGAGCAAGAUCAGGACCCAGAAAAUGCCAAGCCCAGCGUACUACAGACAGUCCAGCAGGUAAAGCACCAUAUUGAUUUUGCCCUACUCUUCUCCCAUUGAUGCAGCGGCUUCAGAACAGCGUGCUCUGAGCUGGGGUGCCCAGUUUGUGAUGUACUGUGAUUGAUAGCAAGCUUCUGUGUUUGCAGGGAUUCAGGGGGCAGCUCUACUUCUGUGCAGGGAGGAAGACAGAAGGCGGCGGGGGGGAGGGAGGGGUCUCAGGUGGCGUGUGGGAUUACCAAAGCAACAGCCCGCUUUUGUUUUAUGAAAGAGAGAGAGAAAGCAGGGGUGGCAAACCUACAGGGAUCCCACAAUGUCUGGGUGGCUAGACCAGGUUGAUUUGCAUAAAGAGCCUGGACGCCAAGCGAAAAAAUAACCGAAAUAACAGUAAUCAUGCUUGAAUGUUUCCUAAUGCCCACUGAUCUUUCCAUUUCCAUGCAUGUAUGCACAUACGCUUCUGCUGCACAAAAAAAGCCUUCUGUGUAACUAACUAGCGUAUAUACAUAUUCAUACUGAAAUAUGUUUGUGAAAUUUUAAAAUAAGGCAUCCCUAUCCAGCUGGCAGUCGAAAUCUAAUUAUGACAUAUGUCAUGACAGCUAUGGAGAGUCCUGUUACACUGUAGUGAACUUAACUUAUAAUGCAUGUUUAGCUUAUUGCGUUAUCUCAGUGUUUGCCUAAAUGAGGAGUGGAAGCAAAGUGAUUGCAGUAUAUCAGUUGGAACCAGAAAUAAGGGUGGCCCAUCUGACAUAAUUUUGGUAACUGGCCUUGAAGGAAAGGGUUCAGAUUCCAUCCCAGUUAUGGACUUGUUGAAUGGGUAGGUAUGGGUAAAUCAUUCUCUUUUGGCCUCAGUUGCCAAUCUGGAAAAUGGGUAUCCAUGGCCUAUUGCACAAGCUAUUAUAUUAUUGCUGGAUAAGUUGACAACAGUCUUAACAACAAUAGCAAUAUAUAUUUGGCUAAUCUGGCUGAAAUCUGAGUUGAGAAUUAUUUGUUUCUUAUAAAUGAUGGAACUUGCCCUCAAAGUGGCUAUUGAUUCCUGUUCUGAGAUGUAAAUGUUUUGUUUGUUUGUUCUUUGCUUAAGAUGAUAUAUUGCCUUUGUUGGCAAAAUCGUCAGCACUUUUCAGUCUUUCUGCUGACUUUCCCCCACAUCAGAUUGAUCAAGAUUAUGGUGAUGCAAACUGGCCACAAACCAGUGCAGUUAGAGCGACAGAAAUACAUUGGUAUAAGCUUAGCCUUAGUGAAAUAUCUGUUCAUACUAGGCUCAUCCCUUACAUUUCAGGAGAGAGGCAGAGCACUCACAGCCUUUGUUCAAGCACACCUAUGAUUCUCUCCUUGUUAUAAGCCCAGGACUACCCAGUGAUAUCCAUAGUGGAGAGAGUAUGUCAAUAGGGCUUUGUUAUGGCUGCACCACACUGUGUCAUCUGAUCUUACUAAUUGCAGUCCUGUAUACCGUGUCCCUCCUCUUUCCUUUAGCUUAUACAAGCCUUCUGUGAUUGGAUUGCAGGGUGUGGGUGGAGGAGUUAAGAAAAGUACAUGGAAAAGUCAGAUUUAUUUUUUUUAAGGGGAGGAAUAUAACUCAGUGAUGAAGCACAUGUUAGAAGUCCCUGGUCCAGUCCUUAGUACCCUCGGUUUUUUAAAAAGGUUUGCAGUGGUUUGGCUGGAAAAGACUUAAGCCAGAACUCUUGGAGCAGGGGUACCAUCUAGGGGAAGCCAAAUUUUCAAGGAGGGGUCCAGGCCCCCACAAAAUCCUGCAGCAGCUGUGUGCACACGGCACAUCAGCACGCCUCCCGACAUGCGCCAGUGACGUCAGCAUGCCCUGCGGUCAGGGGCGGAGGAAGGGUGGGGGUGUGUGUGGACUGCCCCGGGUGUCACCACUGAGAGGGGUGACAAAAUGCCUGGCGGCACUCACUGCAGGGCCUGCAGUGUGCCCGAGCCAUGCGUGGCUUGGGCACGUGCAGUCUCUGCACUGCCCAAACGGUCCACCCACUGCCUCCCCCCCCACACCUGUAGGGCGGCUGAGUGGGAGGAGGCAGGUAGACUCUGAAGGCCCCGCGGUGUGCCCUGCCCCUAUGGGCAGCUCGCCCCAGGCGCCUGAGCGAUUUCCUCCACUGCUACCUGCAGUGUGCGCACACAGCCAUGUGUAUGUCACAUGGCCCGGUCCCCUGGAGAGUUGCCGUCCAUUAGAGUAGACAGUGCUAGUACAAUGGGCCAAUGGCCUCAGUCUGUUAACUUCAUAUAUUCCUCCCUGCUUGAAUUUAUACCAGAUUGUAGCUGUUAUAUAUACAGCACUUUAUAGUCAUGCCUUAGUUAUCAAACGCCUUGGUACUUGGAUGUUUUAGCUCCUGAACACCGCAAACCCAGAAGUGACUGUUCCGGUUUGCAAACGUUUUUCAGAAGCCGAAUGUCCGACGUGGUUUCCACAGCUUCCGCUUGAGUGCAGGAAGCUCCUGCAGCCAAUUGGAAACCGUGCCUUGGUUGUUGAACUGUUUUGGGAGUCGAAAGGACUCCCAGAAUGGGUUAAGUUCAGCAACCAAGGUACGACUGUAUAACCCUACUACAGUGGUACCUUGGUUUACAAACUUAAUCCGUUCCGGAAGUCCGUUCUUAAACCGAAAUCGUUCUUAAACUGAGGCGUGCUUUCCCUAAUGGGGCCUCCCGCCGCCAGUGCCCUUCCACCGUUCAGCUUCUGUUCUUAGAUUGAGGUAAAGUUUGCAAACUGGGACACUACUUCCGGUUUUUUGGAGUUCAUAAAAUGAAUAGUUCGUAAACAGGGCUGUUUUUAAACCGAGGUACCACUGUAUCACUCAUCCUCAUGGCAAAUUUUGAUGCAGUUUUCAUUUUUUAAAGUCCAUAAGCGAAUACCACUUUUAAAUGGAACCAGACAAAUACCAAAGCCAGCACUUAUUUUCGGGUUGCCAUACAUCCAGAUUGCCCAGACAUAUAUGGAACACUGCAUUCAGCAGCAGUGUUUGGGUGGAAAUUGUCAAAAGUGUCUGGGAGUGCCAAUUUUCCAUAAAAAUAGCUCAAAAUGGUCAAAAAACAACUUUGGGCAAAACUAAAAAUGAAACAAACCUUUCUGUCCAGAUUUUCACUGUUUGAAAUAUGGCAACCCUAAUCAUAAGGACUCCUAAUCCUUCUGUUGUGCUUGAAGUUAAUGAUCUUUUGCAUUUCAGAGAUGAGCAAAUCUUAUUGUUGCAUCUCAUAAACUAGAGCCCACUUCAUGAGAUGCAUGAAGUGGGAGCCACAGUUGCCAUGCACAUUCUGCACAUAGGCGUAAAGAAAAAGAAGAUAAAGUCUGCAGCUAAAUGGCAAUGGAAUCCAAGAAGUACAGCCAGUGACAAUAAAACUGGGUUUUAAAUUAGGCAAGCCAGAUAUUAUUAAAUUACAGUAUCCAAAGCCCUUGCCAGCAUGAGCAAAAAUGAUAGAUGUCCAAAGGAUUUAAGCUCUAGUUGUGUUGUCACAAACCUUUCUUUUCCUCUCUGCACCCAUGCAUUGAAAAUACCGUACCUGAUUACUGAGGAUCAUGUCUCUGAUUAACUAUGGUCUAGUCUGCAAAAGCUUAUGCCAUAACAAAAUUAAAUAGUCUUUGUUGUUUUUGCUGCAGCAGACUAACAUCUCUCUGGAAAUCUUUUAAGUGUUUACUCAGAAGCCUGUGCACCAACUUCAUUAAAGCUUAUUCCCAGCCAGAUCAAAUCAGAGGUCGUUACUUCACACAAUCUGGCACACAUACAUCUAGUCCUAAAUGAUACACUCACAAAUCCCAUAUUGACUCUCACUUUUCCUCCUUUGUCUUGUGAAAUGUCUCUCUGUAAUGGUAGGUCUACAGUGGCUGUUUCACCCGUUCAAGUUAAUCAUCAUCAUCAUCAUCAUCAAAAAACAUAAUAAAAGCAUCAAUCCUUAAAAACUUCCCUAAACAGGGCUGCUUUCAGAUGUCUUGUUUAUUUCCUUGACAUCUGAAGGGAGCGUGUUCCACAGGGAGGGUGCCACUACCAAGAAGGCCUUCUGCCUGGUUCCCUGUAACUUCACUUCUCACAGUGAGGGAACCAGCAGAAGACCCUCAGAGGAGGACCUCAGUGUCCGGGCUGAACAAUGAGGGUGGAGAUGCUCCUUCAGGUAUACUGGGCUGAGGCUAUUUAGGGCUUUAAAGGUCAGCACCAACACUUUGAAUUGUGCUCAGAAACGUACUGGGAGCCAGUGAAGAUCCUUUAGGACCGGUGUUAUAUGGUCCCAGCGGCCACUCCCAGUCACUAGUCUAGCUGCCGCAGUCAAUACUGAAUUCUGCCAUCGACAAGUGAGGAACAUGAAUGUGUGAAUUGGCACUGUAAUUACAUGAUUAAAGAGGCAGUCUGUCUUUGAAGGUGGAAGAUAUCCUUAGAUAACUUGCCUGCGUAAUUCUGAUUCCCCCCCCCCCUUCUGUUUUCAAAAAUAACCAGGCUUCUCUUGCCAGGAACAAGCCUUCCUUUUCCAAGCGUCUGCUUCAGAACAAGUGCAUAUGUGUUUCAAACCUAAGCCUCAGAUGGAUUUGUUUGUGUGGGAAGUGUAUUCUAUCUGUAUCCAUUUAUAUCGGUUCCUUAGCACAUAUACACUGUUAUAGUUUUCCAUCAGUGGGAAGAGAACAAUGUUUGGAACAGAGAUGCUGAAUCUUGUCAAUAUCGGGGAUUGUGACACGGUCAUGGAGGGGAAGCUAGAGUAUGUUUUUUACACAUAAUUGUAUUCUUGCCUUUCUACACUGCAAGAAAUGUCAUGCAUUGCAAAAGAAAUCCAAAAUAAUAAAUUCAGGUUCUCCAGUUCUGAGAAAUCUACCUAACAAAAAUAUAUUUUGCAUAUGGUUUGGUGUUUUGAGAUGGGCUGGCUUACAAUGGGAAUCUACUAUUCUGAGUCAGUUGGUGUUUGUUCAACCCUAGCAACCAAUUCAGUCUCUCUCUCUCUCUCUCUCUCUCUCUCUCUCUCUCUCUCUCGUUCAGAAAAGAAAGCAGAAAGGUUGUGCUUUCAGGGCUUGUCAUAUUUCAAACCUGUACAUAUCAUCUUAUUUAAGAUGUGGUGGUUGCAUUUCCAUUUGCAAAGGGGAUGGGAGUCUCUUAAAUCAUCAGCUGUCACAAUUUGAGAAGCAGAACUUGUAGUAUUCACAAUAAACAAAAGCAGAUGCAGCUGGAGAAGAGGCGGAUUGGUCCCCACAGCACUUGUGUAUGGCUCCCCUGGGGGCUGUCGGUUGUUAUGCAAUGAUGGAUUGCCUGGUGGAGUGUCUGGCUUUUGGCACGAAAUGAUGGCAGCAACAAUAGCUCAUGUCUCGUGCUCUCCACUGCAAGGCGAGCCCACCGCUACAUGCCUGAUAUAAAAUAUACUACAACACAAUCACACACCCUGACUUGUGCUGUAGCCAAAAGCAUCCAUCUGAACAUUGGAAUUGUUAUUUGUGUGGACACAACCAUGCAUAUACAAGGGAUAAAACUUGUACAUCUAUCAGCCCCCUACUUCCCGUAGCUUAAAACAAGGAGGAAGGCACUUGAAAAAGAAAAAAUCCCAAACCACAUUUCCUUAAAUGUUAGAUGUUUUUAACUAUAGCAACCAGACAUUGGUCCACUUUGAAGCUAACCAAAAGGGGGAAGGGAUUACAGGAACGGAGCAAUCUGCCUUAGACUAGGUGGCCCACUUCUCAAGUUAUGGUUCAUGGGAUUGAGUAAUGGGAUAAUAGAAAAAACAAAAGCGUACAACAGGGAUGGAGAACCUGCAGCCUGCCAGAUGUGGCUGGGCUAAAACUCCCAUCAUUCCUGUCCAUUGGCUCUGCUGUCAUGGGCUGAUGGGAGAUAGAAUCCCACAUCUGGAGAGCCACAGAUCCCUCUCCUCUUCUGUACAGCAUACAGAAAAUGUCAUUAUGCAAUCCAGUGUUAGGUGUCCAGGGGAAAUGGAGUCAUUGUCCUAUUAUUACUAACUCUGAGGUGCUCUCAAGCUGUGAGCCAUGCAAGGGAGGCUGCAUGGCAACAGUGGUGUAGUGUGGGAGGGGGCCAUGGCACAAAAUUAUGAGAGGGCACCACCAGAUGCCCCCAUGCAGGCGCAGGCUUCCGCGGGGAUCCCUGUUCUGGCGGCAGAGUAGCACAGGCCAAGGUGCGCAGGCACGGACAGAGUGAGGCGGGCAAGGGGCAACCCCAGCGCAGCCUGGCCCAGCUUUCCUCUCUGUGGGCAUCGGGAAGAUUCGCCUGCCAAGGGUUGUGACAGCUGACAGGGCUCCUCUCUGCGUGGGCAGGCAGGCAGUACUAUGUGGCCCCAGGUUAUUUGUGGGGGGGGGGAGACACUACAGCAGCAUGGUGGCUUGUUCGCCCUGGGCACCAGCAACCCACAUUACACCACUGCAUGGCAACAAAUGGUAAUACUAUGUUCUUCUGGCAUGACCCAGUGCAGUGCCAUAGGGAGCUAGAGUACCCCCAUUCGACAUUCAGCUUGGCAAUCAAAUACUCCAGCUCCAGGGAUUAUUUUCUCCAGGAAACAGGGCAUAAAAAAGUAUGCAUGUUCAUUUUUCCUAAUAUACACAUUUGUUUAGGCAAGUUGAACAAGCAUAAUGCAUUUUUAUAUAUUAUUUUUGCUAAGGUGUGCAUUUUUGUAUGCGCUUAACAUAAACAUUUCUGGUUGGAAAACGAUUGUGAAAUCUGUAAAAGUGUGAAUUUCAAAGGAUAGCUGUGUUUCUGUUUCUGUUUUGUUUCAGGGAGUGUGAAUUAGGUAGAUUCACAUAAAAAUGUUAACAAACGGACCAUAACAAUCCAUAACAGAAUCCAUAACAGAACAAUCCAUAACAGAAAAAGGACCAUUCAAUCCAUAACAGAGAGAAGGAUGAAGAGUGGGAGGAAAGCAUCUAAAAAGAAUAAGAAAACCAGGAAAAAAUAGGAUUAUGGAAGCAAUAGCCAUGGGUGAAUUAAUUUAAAAACAAACUGCCUUUGAUUUAUGAACCAUUGUGAAUUCUGUCAGUACAGUGUCAGCCUUCAUAAGCAUGCCCUCUGUUGAAGAAGCACCAUGUUAGAAAUUCUGAAUUAAUGCAAUCAGUAUAAUUGAUGGGGUUCUUUCAUUUCAGUUCAAUGUUGAGAAGACGGCAGAAGCUGUACAGCCCAGGACAAUCCUCAAGUUUCCACAUAUCUAUGAUCCGAAGCCAGUAGUGACCACAUCGGAAAUUGUUAACUGUGCAGAUUAUACCUUAAAGAGGAUGAAAGAGCCAAGCAAGGGGAAGCCUACAGCUCUGGAUGAGAAAAGAAUGAACAUUCGUGUCAAUGAAGAGUUAUUCAUUCUCCCUCAAAAUGGUGAGCACCUUGCCAAACUACAUGUGGUUGCUUCCAAUUCAGAUUAGUGACCCUAAUGUCUCAACAAAUGAAACAGAUUUGUAAAAAUGUUACAUGGAAAAAAUACGAGGCAUUACACUUACUUCUGUAAAACAAGAAAAUCUUUAAUAAAAAACAAAACAAAAAACAAAACAGAUUAGUGACCACACUAUUUCCUCUUUCUGAUUUCAGUUCCCAGUACAAAUGACCAAUUGGCAAGUUAGUGAAGUCUUUAAGAUUAAGCGGGAGGGUUGGAGGGUUUUUUUAGUGCAAGUUCAAUAUAAGUUUAGAGCUCCAGUGCAAAAAGUGUACAAAUCAAUCCUAUAAUUUAGAUUAUUGUAACUUGGAGCAAAUUCUCUGUAUUCACCUCUAGCAAUGUUCAGCAGCCCUAUUGAUUUUUCCCUGUCCACAACCAUCCUUUUAAGAGCACUUCUUUUUCUUGUGACAGCUCCAAUCAUUCUGUUUUCCUGGGGAUUUUCCAGCAGGCUUGUACAUGGUUUAUAGAGAAAUUUAUUUUUAACCUCAGAAAUCAUUUGGCACUUGGUUUCCCCAGCUUCUUCAGGGCAUAAUGCCACUGCUUCAGCUACUACUGACCCAGUGAUGAAAUAAUAACGAGAAGUGUUUUAGGGAAGGGAUAGGAUAGGAUGAAUUGAACAUAUCUGCCUUGGGAGAACUCUAGGACCAGAGCUUUAAAUGUGUAACAGUUGUUGACAGCUCAGUAUGUAGUAAGAACUGUAGUGAAUCUCCGAAUAUUCCUCGCCCAAUUAAUGUUAAAAACAAGAAAUCAGAUUCCAAAUGGUUCUCCACUGAGCCCAAUGAUUUGCAUAUGUAAAAUAAAUACAUGUAUUUAAUGUGAUUUCCUUUAACAAUUUAUUCCACUACAAGGAUUCGGGUUUUUAAUGAAUAUAAUUUUUUUAAUGUGUGUGUGCAAGGACUGUGAUAGCAGAGAGGGAAAGAGGAGAAACAAACGCUCUCCAGAGCAUCAUGGUCUGAUGCUCAACAGGAACAGUUGCUUUGAGAAUAGACUAUGGAAGAGGGGAGGAUGUUGGAGUCCUGCAUCCUGGAUCCCAGGAGAGCCUGGUUAAAAGCAUUUCAAACAAUUUAGAGCAUAAGCAUUGCUUUGAUGAAUCAAGCCAACAAGCUAUGGAGCUGUAGUCCAUACAAUUCAAUAUUCCAUUUUAUACUAAAACAGGGGGAUUAAAUCCACCACAUUUUGAGGAGCGGAAGAGCCAUGGCUCUUUCACUGAGCACCUCUUUUGCAUGGAGAAGGUCCCAGGUCCUGUCUACAACAUCUCCAAUUACAGAUGGAAACGUCUGCCAUCUGAAACUUUGGAGAGCUACUGAGCUCAAUGGACCAAAGAGUCUGAGUCAAUAUUGGGCAGCUUCCUAUCUUCCUACAUUCCUGAGCAGCUUCUCCUUGGGUUUCAAAGCUUUCAACCAACGUUCAUACGGAUUUCACCGGUUUUGUCUGUUCCUUUGAGGCUGUACAUAGUUUGAUCUCAUGUGAGGCAUCUGAUGAAGUGGGCUCUAGUCACAAAAGUCCAAAAGAGUCUUCCCCAAACCUUGUACCACCCAGAUGUUUUUAACAGCAGCUCCUAUCAUCCCCAGGCAGCAAACAAAGUGCAAACCCUAAGUUUAGUAGUACAGUGAGCAAGAGAGGCUUUUGUCCAUUUCUUGAAAGAGCAGUUUGUAAAAUGGCAUGCAGGUCAGGUGUCCAAAGAGGGAAAGAAGGUUAAAAUCUUGAAUCGAGUUAUUGCAAGUCCUUUGAGGGGUUUUUUUCCAUAUAAAAUCUGUGGCCAUGUUUCCAAAGUGAGUGGUAUAAAAUAUAUCUAGAAUGGAGGAGGACCAAGAUCUAGACAUUUUAACUAAUGUCUAUUGAAAAUGAUAAAUCUAACCUUGCAAAAAUAUAUUAAAAAUCUGUUGAAAUGUCGCUUUCUAUAAAAGGGUCAUUGAUUCAUGCCAAGUCAGCUUACCUUUGAUGGUCAGGCAACAUUGCAGACUGGCCCCGGCCCCCAUCCCAAUCUGGCAGCAUGCUGGGGUGGGAGGCCUGGCCAGUGUGUGUGGCCUGUUGCUUUGUGCACUGACCAAUCACAGGCAGGCUGGGAUACAGGCCCUCCCUAAGGGUUGGGCCAACUGCACCUGUGGAUCCGCUCCUGAAGGUUAAAUCAAGGCCAACUGGGCCUCACGCAGUUUGUCCCUGGGUCUCCCACUCUUCCUCCCUCUUAUAGUAGGCUUCUUGUAUGUGCUUGGCUUUGCUAUUCUUGAAAUAGCAUAUUUUUACCUGAAUCACAUAUUUUAAAUUUCCCUCCAGCCUAAAAAUCUUGAAUAGAGCCAAGAUAAAGAACUUGCUAUCAAUAAAAGAUAGUUCCAAUUAUGACUAGAAACACAAAACAAUGGUGGAAUGCCAAGGUAAUUUGAUAUGAUGUAAUCAAAGAGGAAAAACAAAUGUAGCCAAAUUUGACUGCAACAAGAGGCAUCCUCUUAUUAAAAGACCCAUGUGUGUUCCAGGUGGAGUGAAAGAUGUAUGUGUCACUGAGUGUCUGAACCCUGAGAAAGUUGGUGGCUGCAACCAAGUCCCAGAACUUCGCUAUUCUCUUGGCUACAACCAACAGAAAGAUGCACUGUGUGUUGCUUUUCUUGAAGGUAAGGAGCCCAUAUCUUUGCAUUUUAUCAGUUGUGGCAACUUUUCAUUUGAAAGCAAAAUCAUCCAACAAGCUCUCCUUACAGAUAUGAGUAGUAAACAGAUCCAUAACAAAUUUAGGAUCCCACAUUUUGUUACCAUCUCAUUUCAUAUAUAAAACCCCCGCAAAGCACGUAACUGAACAUCUUGUUUUACAGAUGGCAAACAGAAGCCAAGACAUUUUGAGCCUUGUGCAAAGAAACUGCAGUUUGGUGGACCAGUAAUAAGUGUAUGUGCCCCUGCGCUCUCCUUGCCUCCCCCUUCUUCCCCUUACACAUGCUGCUUGAGCAAAAGGUUUCUUAAAUCACAGUUUUCUCUCUGGUAUUUGAACUGAGAUUAAGGGCUCCCUACAAACCAGGAUCUUAAAGCCCAUCAGCCACAAUUUCCUGGUUCAGGUGUCCUGGGAAACUGGAGGGAGUGCACAGGCAGACACAUAGGUAAUUUGCAGCUCACUAAACCAUGGUUCAUUCUAGCAGGAUUAUUACAUCUGAAUGGGCCAAUGAGCUGAAAGCAAACCUGGGAUUUAAAUUCAGAUUUCAAAUCGAACAGUUCGCUGGACCACGCUCUCUUAUUCCUUUUUUCACUGCCAUUGAAGUUUCCAAACCAUCAUAAGAUCUCAGAGAUGCAAAUACCACCAAUUACUGGCAAUAAGGGUGGGUGGGGGGAGAGAACCUUUAUCCUUGCACAAGGAUGGGUUUGAAUCGUUUUUAUUAAAUCAAAAUGCUGAAAGAGAAAAACGGCAAUUUUUCUCCUAAAAGUACUUUGGUAUUCAUUUUAAGCACAGUUUAUCUUUCUUUCCCUGGUUCUGCAGCUACAUAUGGAACUGCAGCAGGAGACCAGAACAAUGGCUGUGAUUGCUAUAUCCUAGGCACAUUGGUGACCAAGUCCAGCACCUCAGAAGCUCAAACUGUGUUGAAGAAGAAGAAGCCCCAGAUUGUCUGGGAGGAAGCUCUACUGUUUCCAGUAAAGGAGGAGGAGCUACCUGAGGCAAUGCUGACUCUCACCUUGAGAAACUGUGAUAAAUUCUCUAGGCACAGCAUCGUGGGGGAAAUUAAACCGAGUCUGGCAAAUGUGGGGGAGCCAUAUGGAACAGUACAGUGUGAGAAGAUGAAAACAUUUGACAAGGUAUCCUAUGACUUAUAUAAGCUAUUAUUCAAACAAAUUGUAUUCUCUGGGAGGGAGUGAAUAUGCUGUGUGCCGAUGAUGCUGAACCCAAAUGUGGACACUGUUCAAGGACUUUAGAGUCCUGAAUGCAUUUUACUACAUAGUAAUAAUUGCAAGGUUGUUCUUGAAACCUUUGGCCACAAGAUUCAGUCUGGAGUUGAUGUCAUGCUUUGGAAAAGUAACUGCCUCAUUCUGAAGUGAUUCAGGACCUGCCCAAUUAGACUUUGGGCAGUUUGAGUUUUUAUUAGGAAAAACAAGAUUUAAUUUACCCCAACCACUAUAAAAGCUUCGCUUUUGACAGAAGUGGAUAAAAUUUGUAGGCACUAUAGUUUCUCCAAAGAGGAUAAAUGCUGCAAAUGAUAGGCAAAUACAUCUAGGGGUUGUUUGUGUGUGUGUUGCUGGACACUUUUAAUUUUGAUUUGUUUGUUCCUUAAAUGGAAACAUUUACUAUGUCUUUAUUUUUUUGACAUAACUUUGGAUAAAUUUGCAGACAUGGGAGGCCCUUCUGAGUAUAUGGAUCCUGCAAAAGUUCAGAAGGUUAUCUGCAAUGGUUUUCCUGCAAGGACAGCAUGUAGAGUUUUAGGGUGGGUGAAGAAGGAACCACUUUAUCAUCCCUAGAGUUUUGUGGGCAAUUGGUCUGCAAAUACAGUGGAACCUCGGGUUACGUACCCUCCUCUUUACAAAUGCUUCAGGUAACAAGCUCCGCUAACCCGAAAGUAGAUGCCCUUAGUUGCGAACUUUGCCCCAGGAUGCGAGUGGAAGUCGCUCACAGGUGGUGCGGCAGCAGCGGGAGGCCCCAUUAGCAAAAGUACGCCUCAUGUUAAGAAUGGUUUCGGCUUAAGAAUGGACCUCCAGAACGAUUUAAGUUCGUAACUGGAGGUACCACUGUAGCAGAGAGAGGUUUCCUGAGUAAGAUGCCUGUCAAAUUUCAGACAAAGAGCUCCAGAGUGUGUUUUUGUUUUGUUUUUGCUAAAUACUAAAAGGGAUUUACUCUGUGGUUCAUUUGUGGGCACAGAUUCAGUGUCUGUAGGUUAUACUGCCUACAGAGCAGCAAACUUUGUUUUGCAGAGUAGGCUGGCUUGGGCAUGGGAAACUUCCAUAUUGUGGGUCAAUUUUCACCCAAUCCAAAGCCAAUUUUCACCCACUCCACUUGCCUAAGCUGCUUCUGCUUGGGGGGCAGGGAGGAUGGAGUAAGCUUGAGAGAGGAAACUGCUCUACCUCUACAAUUGCCCCCAACUGUGCCUCAAGGUCACUAUGUGGUUUGCUGCAAGCAUCACAUGCCAGACACAAUAAUGGAUUCUUAACAACAGGGCAUGAUUGUAUGGUGAUGAUGUUGUUGAUGAUGAUGAUAAAUGACAAAAUGUGAGUUCUUGUGCAUGUGAGAGCACCGUAACCCAGUAACAAGCAGUGUGUGAAAUGGAAAUAAACAGAAACACAUGCACUAAGGAGAAUUUGGUAAUAACAACAAUAAUGUGACAGGCUGGUUUGGCUUACACACAUUUACUAAGAAAUUAAUUAUAAAGGAUAGACAAUGGCCGAAUAGAAUCACAUGAGACAGUGAAUGAACUUAAGCAACUCUCAGGAACUGGUCUUCAUUGAUAUACUGCCUCUGAUACUGGAGGUAAUAUAUAACCACCAUGACUUGUAGGCAUUGAUAGCCUUAUAUUUCAUGAGUCUAAUAUGCUGCCCAGGUUGGUGGCCAUCACCACAUCCUGUGGGAGCAAAUUCCAUAGUUUGACUAUGUGCUGUGUGAAAAAAAAUGCUUCCUUUUGUCUGUCCUGGUUCUGCCACCAUUCCAUUUCAUUGGGUUCUAGAGGUCUGAGGAGAAGGAGGAAAUAUGCUUUCUCCAUGCCAUGCAUAACUUUAAUAGUAGUAGUAGUAAUAGUAGCAGCAGUGGUAGUAGUAAUAUAAUUUAUAUGCCGCCCAACAAAUUAAAAACCCAAUGCAGGACUGCCUUCAAAUGUCUUCUAAAAGUCAGAUAGUUGUUUAUUUCCUUGACAUUUGAUGGGAGGGAGUUCCACAGAGCAGGCGCAACUACCGAGAAGGCCUUCAGCCUGGUUCCCAGUAACCUCACUUCUCUCAGUGAGGGAACCACCAGAAGGCCCUCAGUGCUGGACCUCAGUGUCUGGGAAUGGAGACGCUCCUUCAGGUAUACAGGGCCAAGGCCUUUAAAGGUCAGCACCAACAUUUUGAAUUAUGCUGGGAGCUAAUGUAGAUAUGUUAGGACCGGUGUUAUAUGGUCCUGGGAUAUAAAGGCCAUAAUAAAACUUAGAAUAAAAUACAUCCAUAAAUAGUUCCCCUCCUCCUUUUAUACCCCUGUGAACUAGGUCAGAUUGAGAGAAAGUGUCUGGUCCAACCUGCCAACCUCCCUACUUGGCUAGCCGCUUCUGCCUCAUGGACUCCCUGGGUACCAGGGAGCUCUUUCCAGCCUGGAAACCUGUGGUUGUCAAGAUGAGGUGCUGCCCCUUGCCUAGGCCAAUUACUCCUCCUCCGAGGCAAGAGCUAGCAGGUGGUUAAUUGCACCCCUGAAACAGAUGGUCUCUGUCAUCUUAGCAGAUGGCCUCCAGGAUCGGAUAAUAAUACCAAGAAUGCCAAGAAACUGCCCGUGCGUAGUUAGCGCAGGCGAUCGUAUCCAAUUAUAUCUCAAGGCUGACAGCAAUAUUGUUUCUCCUGCACUCGGCCUUCCUCACAGCCACCCACACAACUGCGACAAGGCAGAGAUUCUGCUUCAAACCUGUAAGGAGCAGGUUAACUGUCUUCGAGUUGUGUGCCCCAGUUUCCGAUGCGGAAGAUAUGCAGAGAAAGCCAGGUUUGCGUCAUCGGGGACUUCAGAGCGGCAGCCAUUACACAGCGAGCUUUAAACAUAAGUCCUGAAUCAUUAAUUGAGAGCUAGGCUAGGAGCAAGCAAGAUGAUCAGAGAGAGGCAGGCACUAUUUUUGUCAGCGUGCUUCCGGGAACGAGCUCGUUAGGAUUUGUUUUAAAGCUUCGCAUGCCCUCGCAACAGCAUGGCUGAAAAAUAAUAAUGCUGGCUCUGUCCUCUUUGCUAUUCUCCAAUGAAAGCCCAGAGGUGAGCUCCUAACUAGCUCAGAAAGGCCACACUGAUUCCUGCUAGGACUGGCUCAGUAUCAGGACAACACUCGCCAGAUCGUAAAAACCACAGGCAUGACUAAGUUGUAAGGCUCCUCUUGCAUUCCUUCCUGCUGGCUUACAUAAAAUAAAAUGAUUGUAUUGUGCCAUCACCUCAUCUAUCCCUCAUCGUAAGGAUGGCUCACUGGGUUUAUAUAAGGUUCUUGGCUCAUUAGUUUCACUGAAACAACACCGAGGCAACUCCACCAUGAGACAAGCAGCUGCCACGGCAGACAGAUUCGGAGUGUCUUCAAGACAGCUGAGUGGGAAGCAGAUCCAAACUGUAGCACAACAUCCAUUAGAGAAAAAUUCUGCCCCACUUGAAUGAAUGGGAACUGCAAGAGAGCACCUUCCUUCAGUAAGAUGCAUGCAGGAGGGCUGUACUGAUGGGGCCUGUUCCAGGGAAGAAAAGGUGCUGGAUUUUUCACCUUGCACCCCAAAAGAUUUUUAUUCGGUUCUUAAAACCUGAUGGGCUAAGUUCAUCCUAUUUCAGUAUUUAUGUAAGCUAGCAGAGGGAUGGAAUUCAGUGAGGGCCUGAGCAGUAUGACCUACUUAGUUGCUAUCAUUUUGAAGUCCCAGUAUCUAACCCUUUGCUUGUUUUAAGUUAACAGGAAAUAUGAUCCAGAAAAUUAACUUUCAGUUUGUUUACUUUGAUCAAAAUAUUUUAUACCGUUCAAUAGAGAUGCUAAUGGCCAGUCAUGUGAUUUGAUGAGCAGAGAGAGAAAUACGCAACCCAGCUGAUCUUCACAGUAACCUUCAAAGGACAUUGUAUGGGGGGGGGGGAGAUGGCUGCUCCUAUAGGUGCAUGGGGCACCCAUCUUUUUCUCCAUAUAAUUCUCCAAGAAGAAUUCUCCAAGAAGUAUUAUGCCUGUUAUGGUAUGGAGUUGCUUCCUGGAACUGAAUAUAAAAUAAGUUCAUCCAUCCCUAUGAGCAAUCAUUUAAGAGAAGCCUCUCCUAUCUCCUGUUACAAAAGUAGCCUAGAAAGUGAUGCUCUAAACAGAGGCUCAGAUGAGAGGAUUGAGAUGAAUGUGUCAGUGGCAUUCAGAUCUCCAGCAUCAAUGCUGAUCCUUCCAUUUUGAGUUUCCCUGGAGAGGCUAGGCUUUCUAAACUAAGUGUGAGGCAUGAGUUAUUCCAGGCAGAUAAAGGUGGCAGCUAACUUUUCAUAGAAAAUGUGUCAACUCUCAGAAGACAGAACAUGACUGUCCCCAUCUGUACCAUCUAGCCAAGUGAACAAAAAAUGGUACCUCGGGUUAAGAACUUAAUUCAUUCCGGAGGUAUGUUCUUAAGAUGAAACUGUUCUUAACCUGAGGUACCAUUUUAGCUAAUGGGGCCUCCCACUGCUGCCACGCCAUCGCUGCGUGAUUUCUGUUCUAAUCAUGAAGCAAAGUUCUUAACCCGAGGUACUAUUUCUGGGUUAGCAGAGUCUGUAACCUGAAGCGUCUGUGACCCAAGGUACCACUGUAGUAUUAAUAAAAUAAUACAGAACUUAUAUCCAGAAAGUAAGUCAACAUCUAUAAUGAAAGAGGGAGAGAUAACAGAGAUAACAACAAACUCAAAUCCAGCUUGGUUUCAGAUUAAACCUCCAAAUCACCACAACCAUUUAUAGAGAUUUUAUCUAAAGUCCUUUUUCCUGAGUUUUUUUUUGGGGGGGGGCAACCAGUGCAUAGGGGGCAACACUGUGUGUUAUGAAGCUAUUCUUGUCACUCAAAAGACACCAAACCAUCAGCUUUGUGUCUUUCAUAAUAUUUAGUUCUGUCCUUAAGAUUUUUUUUUAAUGGGAAUCCCUCUUAUUCUUAAGAGGUGAGAUUACGUGGACGGGUUCUGUUCCCUUGUCCUCUGAGUAACAGGUCUUUUCAAAUAAUCCUCCCUCUGUUGAACAUUAGCUAUCAGAGAUUACAGUGGUACCUCGCAAGACGAAUGCCUUGCAAGACAAAAAACUUGCUAGACGAAAGGGUUUUUUGAGCUGCUUCGCAAGACGAUUUUCCCUAUGGGCUUGCUUCGCAAGACGGAAACAUCUUGCAAGUUUGUUUCCUUUUUCUUAACACUGUUAAUACAGUUGCAACUUGACUUCGAGGAGCAACUCAUAGAACGCGGUGUGGUAGCCUUUUUUGAGGUUUUUAAAGACUUUGGUGAUUUUUGAAGCUUUUCCAAAACUUUCCCGACACCAUGCUUCGCAAGACGACAAAACUCGCAAGACGACAAAACUCGCGGAACGAAUUAAUUUCGUCUUGUGAGCCACCACUGUAUUCUUUUUCAGUUAGGAACACAACCACCGUAGAACCAGUUCUGAUGAGGACAGUAGAUGAAUUUAUUAAACAUACAAAAUAAUUUCUUCAAAGAAAUUAAACAAGUGGGAUGUGCAAUAAAAUGUUGCCGUAUAUUCUCCUGUUCAUGAUUCUAGCCAGCCACCUUUCCCAGGAUACUCCAUUCCAUCCCCCCCACAUUUCCCCAGUUUUCUAUUUAGUCCCAAUAUAUACUUUGCAUGUUAUGACCCCUGAAUAUGCCCAGCCUUCAUUGCACUGUUUUCAGUUCCCUCCCCCAUUUUUUUUUUUUAAUAAAGGGUUUCCCAUUUUUUGUACUCCUGUAAACUUUGCAUUUCUCCCAAAGUCUCUAAUACCUUCUUCUUGUACAUGAAUGGUGUCAUGUUGACUUCAUAAAUAUUGACACACUGAAAAUGAGUUGCUUUUAGUAUAUAGGAUUAUUGAAGAAAAUGUCAUCCCCUUAUUCCUUUGCCUUUUCUAUUCAUUGUUGCAUCUUUUAAAAGCACACAUGUUCAUUCUUCCUGCUUCUAUGCCCCUUCUUUUUCUAUCAGCUGAUUCCCUAUUGGAGUAACAUAUGGCUUUCACUUAUAAGGGUUGGGAGAGAGAUAAAUUGCCACUGCAAUUGUUCUGUGUUUGGGGAUAUAUGUAGAGAGUCGGACAAAUGAGAUUGAGAGAAAGAGAGGUCAGAAGUCUACAAGGUCAAUAACUAAGGGACAAAGGAGAGUUUUAAAAAAACACACCCAGUAACACUAUGUGAUCCUUAAGAAGGUUUGCUCAGAGAAGCUAGCGAAAUUGCUCUCUCACCAAUUGCCAAGGAGGAAGUGAUGAGCACAGCUGACAGUUCAUUUAAAAAGAUGCUGCAGCUAAGCUUAUAGUUCAUAAAGGCUAUAAUCCUAAGGGAGGUGGGAAAGGACAUAAAGGUGGUUUAACCACCUUCUGCAGGCCUUGCAGGAGCAGGACAGGCAGAGUGAAGACAGCGGAACAAUCUUGCAUUCCUUCAUGUGUUCCAUGGCCUGUUUGUUUUAAAUUACAUUUUUUUAAAAAACAUAUUCCCUCCUAUUGGAAACAAUGAGAGGGCUCACGGAAAGAUUUAGACACACUUAAAAAGCAUCUUUAAAUUUCCCCCAAGUUUGGGGGUAUGACAGGGAGCCAGGAGGGCUUAGAAUCCAACCACGUCUCAGCAUGCCUCUGGCACACGCUCUGUUGGGCCCUUUGGACAUCAAAACUCCAACAUCCAGGGCUUCAGAGGAGCUAGUAAGUAGCAAAGGCAGCUUUCCUCUCUAAUGUUGGAGCUCUAUUCCAGCAUCAGGGGAUAGAUCCUAUUCAUCUUGUGGGGACUGACACAUUCUCCCGGGGACUAUAGGAUUGCAGCCUAGGUAUGCAUUUCAGUGUAGUGUCAAGCCAACUCGCCAGGUAAUAUCCAGUCUCUCUUCUACUAACAUAUGCAAAUGAUUCAAUUUAGAUUGAAUUUCCUAAUAAAAGGUGCACGUAAGAAGGGAGGUUCCUGCAAUAAUUUUGUUAUUUAAACCGACUCCAUUACUAAUUUGCUGAAUUCAUUUAUUUUUAAUUUAUUAAAGUUACCUUGAUUUCCUUAUUCACUAAGAAAAAUUACAUUGGUUUCUGUCUCUCUCUUUCCUUUCUGCUGUAUCCUUUUUUCGUGUUCUGCUGCCACUAGAGACAAUGAUGAUCACAGAACUUAUUUUAGUGGGCACCUUCUGGCAGCCGCCAUUUUUUAUCUUCCCUUAAUUUCCCAGACAUCAUGGCACCCCCCCACCCCACCCUCCGCACCAGCAGCUGCCAUUUCCCCCACUGAUAGAUACAAUAUCUGAGGCAUUCUGGGAAAAUUAAAUGGCCGCUCCUAGAGGGUACCCACUAAACUUAGUUGCUGCUGCUGGAGAAGAUCAAGGCCCUUGCAUCCCUGAAUGAGUGGUGAAUGGUAUGAAUGGGGUAAUGAAAACAAACCCCUUUGUAUCCAUUAAUUACUUGCAUCCUUUGUAUAAUAGCAAAUGAAAUUUGAACCAAGUUGGCCCCAUUCAGUUCAGAUGUUUCCCCCCCCCAUUCAUAGUGAAAUGUGUUACAUCCCUAGAAGCUACUAACUGCCGGAUCCUGUGAAUCAGUCUUAAGCUUCUGCAACACAAACACACCCCUAUGUUUGGUUUACUUGCCAAGAAGCCUCUUCCUCCCCUCUCUUGUUGUCAGUGCUCAUCAACACAUUAAAGCUCCUGUGCAAAUGCUGCCUUUAAUUGCUGUCAUCACAGCAAAGAUAUGAGUUAUGCUUUAGUGCUGUGUGCUAGAACUGUCACUGUAGCAGCUCACAUAACACAAUCAACAGCUAGCAGGAGAGCAGAGGGCAAUGUUUCGCAGAAAGAUAAUGGGAGUGUUUUAAAUCUUCUUGAUGCCUCCCAAGCUCAAACUUGCAUGCAAACUUUCAGAUGUUUGCCUCUUAGUCUGAACCCCCUGCCCAACAAUCCCAGAUGCUGAUGAACUGAAGAUAAAUAAGAUGUGAAAUAUCUGGGUCUGACUGGUUUUUUUGUUUGUUUGUCCUGCCACUUUCCCUGGGAAAACCCACUAUUUACUGCUGAAUAGGAGCAAAUAACAAUCCGUUGAAAAACUGAUAUUCCAAAAAACAUUUGUUCCAUUUCAGUGGUAAGCGGCACGUUUUCCCAGGGGAAAGUAGCAGGAGAAGCAGAAGUGUGGACGAGACCUUGAUCUACAGUGUAAUGGUCAUUCAAGCCCUAAAGAAGUAGCAAAAUGAAACUACUGGUGUGAACAGGGAUGUCCAUCCAGGGCCACUGAAUAGUUGGCCACCGAAUUCGGCAAGCUGAUAUCAAACUAUAUUGCUUUAAAACUCUUAAGCAGGAUUUAAAUAUUUAAUUAUUAUUUUUUUUAAUUGUUGCUCAAAAUUCAGUCUGCUUGUUCUCAUCUCCCAGAUCUAAAAUUAUUAAUUCUGAACUUUGCUAAAGUGUGGAUUUCUGCAUUAUUUUGUUUUGGCUUUGCAACCAUUCCCCAUGGACCGCAGCAUGCCAAUAUAAGACAAACAAACAAUGUAGUGUGAUGUGAGACAGGUGAAUUAAGCUUCUGCCUCAAAACAGGAGCGUGAGGAACUCCUGGUGGCCUACUGAACCACAUACUCUUCUGAGUCUUCUUUGCCGCCACCACCCUUCAUUGUGCAGUUGCUCAGUCCUUUGCGUGGACUAAUGUAGAAGGUGCAGAGUACAUUCUUUCCCCAUUUAUCUCACUGAACUGCAGGAGCCAGAUGCAGGCUAUGGAGAAGUUCUCCUUUCCAUCAGCUAUCUGCCUGCAGCAAACCGUCUGCUUGUGGUGCUCAUAAAAGCCAAGAAUCUCCACUCCAAACAGCUGAAAGAGCUUCUUGGGAAGGGUGAGUGUGAAAGAGGAACGUGUUGAUGGGAUGCAACCACAGACUUUGCCUUUCUAUUAAGCCAGGUAGAGAAAAUAUAUUUAAUUAGCUGGCAUAAUGAAGUGUGCAGGCUUUGAGUGAGUCACAAUUCCCCUUUCUGCAUUUUUUUUAAAUUUAAGCUUUUUUAAACAAGAUAGAAACAAAGGGGGAGGGGGGGAGAAAGAAAGAAAGAAAGAAAGAAAGAAAGAAAGAAAGAAAGAAAGAAAGAAAGACACCACCAGGGAUUCCCUGUAGAGGAAAGUUUUUAAUGUUAGCUGUUUUAUUGUGUUUUUAUAUUUUGCUGGAAGUCACCCAGAGUGGCUGGGGCAACCCAGUCAGAUGGGUGGUAUAUUAUUGUUGCUUCUCCUGUUGUUGUUGUUGUUGUUGUUGUUAUCAUCUCAUUAGAUGGGUCUUAGGCAAGCUAGUGCCUCUGAGUCUCAGCUCCCCACUGCCCGCUGUUAAUUUGAAGAUAACAAUACUGUACUGACCUACCUCACAGUGUGGCUGUAACAUUUGCUGAGAUAUGGAGUACUUGGAACACUCUAAAGUCCUGACUAAAUGCUCUUUAUUGUUCAUUAUAAUGCCUUUCAUUAAGCUUUCCAGCCAGCAAUGCCUAAUGUCUGCUUGCUUGUCCAUUCAGCUUUGGGCAACAUGGCCUUUUAUUAGCAUAAGUGAAUCGAUCGUGCCCAGUAGUGCAGUCCUGUAGCACUGAAAGAAGGGAUAAAAAAGUUGACAAGCAGAAAUCUUACGCAUGCUAUGACACGUGGCAGGCAGUGUUACAAUAAGCUUCAUGAAUGAAUUUGCAUAUAGCAGAGAUGAGGGAACCUUUGGUCCUCCAGGUGUUGCUGGACUCCAACUUCCAUCAUCGCUGGCUAAGGCUGAUAGGGGCUGGACUCCAAGAAUACCUGGAGGGCCACAGGGCCUGCUGUAUGGAUUGUAUAUUAUGUUAUGGUAGAUGUCAGAAACUUAGAGCCAAACUAGUUGUGAUGGGACUGUCAUUCACAUUUGCACCCUGUUCCUAUACAGUGUUCUCUCUCUCUCUCUCUCUCUCUCUCUCUCUCUCUCACACACACACACACACACACAUACACACACACACACACACCUUAACACAAAAAGGAACACAUAAAAGUCACUCACUGAAACUUCUCCUACCCGUUAACUUUCCACAGUUGGUUGUUUCAGUAGGGUUUCUCUGCUCCCGGCUCUCCUUCUAGGAAUCAAGGGAAUGGGAUGGAGAUGGACAUCAGCAGUGCAUUUCCUUGGUCUCCUUUUACUGUUAAAGCAAGACCCCCAUCUGCUGCCUUAUAUAAGGAUUGGGUUGACACAUGAAAAGAACCAGCAUCCACCACAGCCACAUCUAGUUUGGCCCUCAAUGACUGCUGCAGUUUACCAAUAAGAUUUUAGAAGGCUAGGAGAAAAUGGUAUCAAAUGACCGCUUUUUUUAUCUAUAUUCCUGUCCCUGCAGAUAUAUCUGUUAAGGUGACCCUGAAGCACCAGUCCCUGAAACUGAAAAAGAAGCAGACGAAGCGUGCAAAGCACAAGAUCAACCCCGUCUGGAACGAAAUGAUCAUGUUUGAGGUGCCCCACGACCUGCUGUGUGCCUCCAGUGUGGAGCUGGAGAUGCUAAGCCAGGAUGGAGAUGAUGGGCAGAACCGCUUACUGGGGAAGUGCAGCCUUGGCCUGCAUGCCACCGGCACAGAAAGGAACCACUGGGAAGAGAUGCUGAGGAACCCCAGAAGGCAGAUUGCUAUGUGGCACCAGCUACACAUGUAG